AUGAAUCGGCCACAGCCACUCCAGCUCAAUACCCAGGUGGGACAGAAUCAAAGAUACUCAUUCAUUGAGACUCCACUGGAAAUGAACGCCCGGACGCAGAACUAUGAUCUCGAAAGUCCCCCUCCAAUGCCAGCGAACCCACCGCCAGUCCAUCGACAAGAGCAGCCCACACCCGAGCAACCAAUCCAGCAACCUCAAGCAGCGGUAGUGUAUCAAGAAGACGAACAAGAGUCGCAGGUGGACGAAGGAAGCAUUCCCACAUACUCGCGAUACCCACAAUUUGACCAACAUCCUGUUCAUUUCGCACCAGCGGCCGAUACUCCCCAGCCCCAACCACAGCAGCUCCAGAUAGAUGUGCAAUCACCUCAGUAUGCAUACGGCCAGCCGCCUUAUUCUCCGGGCCCCUUACCACCAAAAACCAACCCUGAACCUCCCCGACGAGCAGACACCUUCACUAUCACCCCCGAUGCGAACCCUCUGCAGUCACCAAGAUCGCCAUUUUUUCCUCCUCCGCCCGCCUCGGCUCCCUCACAGACACCGGCGAUAGAUGACUUGGCAACAUACCAUCAGCCAGGGCAAAUAAUGCAUCCAAAUCAGGAAGUGAUGGGAGGCGCAUGGCACCAUGGUCUAUGCGAAUGCUCGAAUUUAGGAACAUGCUGCAUGGGGCUGCUGUGCCCAUGUAUCCUUUAUGGGAAAACCCAGCACCGCCUCAGCUUGAAGUCAAGAAAAGAGGACCCCACAAACAUGCUAGGCUAUGAAACAUGCAAUGGGUCAUGCACUGCGAUGGCUCUAUUAUGCGGGUGUCAAUGGCUUUUUGCAACUAUACAACACACGAGGACGAGGAACGCGUAUGGGAUCCAGGGAGGAAUUGCUUCAGAUUGUGUGCGGGCAACUUGCUGUACAUGUUGCACGUUGAUUCAGGAUGAGAAGGAAAUUCAGGAACGGGAGAAGCAGCGUGGACGCGCAGCUCUUGAGCGUGGUGCAACUCUGCUCUCGCCAUACACAGCCCCAGGACCGAUGGCGUAUCCACCGCCGCCGAAGUGA